AUGGUAGACAGCUUCAUGUUUACUUUUUUAAGCUUGCUUAUAUUUUUCAACCAACUUGUUCAUUCGAGUUCAAAUCUAGCUACUGAUUCCAAAGAAGAAUUACAGUUCCCUGAGCCUAUCCCAGGUGCAGAUUUUGCAAAAGAAAUAUCUAAAGGUCUUCAUGUUAUAGACUUUUUCAGUCCUUACUGUCCCCAUUGUAAGCAUCUAGAACCUGUAUGGAAGAAAACUUGGGAAAAAUUUGAGACAGAAUAUGGCAAUUUAAAUUUGACCUUUUCUAGAGUUGAUUGUGUUGCAAGUGGUGAUCUUUGUAAUGCAGAAAGUAUUGAAUAUUACCCAACUAUAAGACUCUAUGGACCAGAAGGUGCAAUUAAGAAUUACCCAUCUGAUAAUAAGAGAACAGUUGAGAGUUUUAUUGAAUUUGCUAAAAAAGAAGCUCUGAACCCAAAUAAUUAUGCUGAGGCAGAUCUGAGAUCACUCAGUGUAAAACUAUCAGAUAAUGAAAUUAUAAAUUUAUUGGCUGGGAAGGGUGAUAAACCUUACCUUGUUUCAUUUUGGCCAACAAAGACAAUGGAUAAUACAGAUGCAUAUGGAGAAUUUGUAGAUUGUGCUCAAUGUACACCAUUCAAAAGGGUAUGGAAGAUACUUUCAAACAGCUUGCUAGCAAGUGAAAUUAAGACUGGUCAUGUUAAUUGUGUAGAUUCACCUAUUCUUUGUAAAGAACUAGGGUUUGAGAAAUUAGUACCAUUGGAUAAUGGUUCCAGGGAAAGAGAACCACGCGUGAUCUUAAUAAUACCAAAUAAGCAAUCUAACAAUCUAUUUGUUUUCCCUAACAAUGAUUUUGAAUUGGAUACAAAAGUGUACGAAGACUUUGCACUUCGUCUAACCCAUAAUAACAUUGCGCCUGAUAUUUCUAAGGGGGAUAUUUUAAAAAUCAUGCAAAGAGAUAUCGAUUUUGGUAACUCUAAUAAAGUUAACAUUAACGAUCAAAAAAUUCAUCUGGUAUUUUCAUAUGAUCCUAAGACUGUCGUUCCUGAAGACUUUGAUGUUCUGGAACACCUCAUUGAACCAUUACAAGCACUACCAAACGUCCAUCUUUAUAAAGUUAAUGAAUCGAUCGUCGACGUGACAAAGAUAGGGUACAAUAACAUGUACUCAAUUAUCCAAAAUAAUGAUAAAGAAGCUCAACCGUUGACAUUGAACGAAAAUAGUUUAGUGUUGAAUUCAAUCACUCAGAUGCCAACAUUUUUCAUAUUUAGAGAAGGGGACACUACUUCACAAAUCUUCCCUGGUUACUCAACCACUGAAACAAGAGAUCCGAAAUUAAUCAUGUCAUGGGUUAAACUUUUUGCAAAACCACUUUACUCAGAAAUGACACCAUCUAAUUUCCGUAAUUUCAUGAAACUAGAUAGUGAUGUCUUCAGUACAAUUGUUUUACUGAUUGCUAAUUCAUCUGAUCCUACUUUUAUCAAGUCUUCUUUAACUUAUUUAAAAAAUAUGAAGGUGGCUGGUUACGAAUAUGAACAUGAAAGGUUAGAAGAAAUGUAUGAAAAUAUUAUAAGGGAACGUACUGAGAAGAAAGAAUACAUACAGCACCUACGUGAUACAAAAUCUAAACCUGACAAAAUCGUGGAUGCUACAUUAUUAGACGUUGAUCAUGUAAAUAAUUUAAGAUUAUCACUAGCAUAUUACGACAUUGGCAAAUAUGAUGAGACUAUGUCAUGGAUGAGAACUCCUAUUCUAAAGGAACCUUUAGGGACUGGUAAGAUCAUUAUCAUCGACAGAACAGACGGAAGAGUCUUCCAAUUCGAUUCUUCUGGUAAUUUAAUUGAUUGUGAAUCUCCAUCUAGUUUAAGGGAUGUUCUUCUUUCUGUUUCGUUGCCUGAUAAGACAAGUGUUGUUACCCCAGAGUAUGUUUCUAUGGUAGUCAAAAUUGAUAGAACUACAAAAAAGACUUUGUUCACACCAACACAUAAGAUAUACCUAUGUGUUGUGGUGUUAUGCGUCUUGAUCUCAACAAGAUUAAAGAAAAUUUACAGGAAAUAUAAAACUAGAAAAUCGUAUAUGAACAAAAGAGACACGGUCGGUUUGUUAGGGAAAGAACAAUUUCAGGAUUAA